AUGAGCAACACAGGUGAUACUAAUUCCCCUGGUUUCCUUGGCUCCAGUAACAUCAGUGGCUAUAGCUAUGGCAUAGGAAUUUCCAUUGGAAUUCUCUUGCUCAUUAUAACCAUCACGCUAACAUCUUACUUUUGCACCAGAAUACAAGUGUCAACUGCUACAUCUACUAGGAAUAGGAGAAGUGCCCCUAAUGCCCUUCAACCACAUCACUCUAUAGUUGAUGUAAGUUUAGAUGAAGCCACCAUUUUGAGUUAUCCAACCCUGUUGUAUUCUGAAGCCAAGCUACAAAAAUCUGAUUCCACUGCAACAUGUUGUUCCAUAUGUCUGGCUGAUUACAAGGGUACUGAUAUGCUGCGUGUGUUACCUGGUUGUCGGCACCAGUUCCACAUCAAGUGCAUAGAUCCAUGGUUGAGAUUGCAUCCCACUUGUCCAGUUUGCAGAACAUCUCCAAUCCCAACACCACUUUCAACUCCUCUGGCUGAAGUUGUUCCAUUAGCAAGCAGACAGGAUUCCUAG